AUGGAACACUUCAACAAUAUCCUAUUGAAGGGUAAACGAGAUUCAUUUUUUCAGCGGCUUUUGAAUCGGUUAAUCAGAUGGGACAGUGACGAUUCCGAUCUCAAGAAGGCUAGUUCACCUGCAUUAAUGGCGUCCGACAAGAUUUUUCAGGAGUAUUUACAGAUCACCUCGCAACGCCAGGCACCACCAUUCCGACUGAAGGAUAGAGACGUCUGUGAAGGCUCCUUCAUGAGUCAGUGUGCGAGAACACUGUCCGAUAUGGUAGGAGGCCACCUCUACAGGUGUUCAUUGGAACUUAAGAAGCGGGCAUUAAUGCACAAUCCCUCCUGGGCCUCUUCUGAGAACGGGAAGGCCAUUUUGGACUCUAUCGACGAUACGACAGGGCGGUCGCGGGAGCACGAUUGUGUCAGUAUCCAUCUUAUCCUGAAUCUGAUUUUGCCAGCGAAGGCUCAAAUCCAAAUCUUACCACAAAUCGGUUAG